AUGAGUGAGCUGAGCAAGCCCGAGGAAGACUUUCAGGACCCUGGCGAGGCCCAGUGCCCAGUGAAUGUGCAGCUCUUGGGGGCUGAGGCAGGGGUGGCUGCAUCUGCCUCAGCCUCCUCCCUCACAGUGUCCUCCAUAGCCACUGGGGAGUCCUUGCCCCAGGAGGCUCUGAAGGAGAUGAAAGCUAACCUAAUAAAGUUCCUGCUCUUCAAGUAUCUAGCCAAGGAGCUGACCUCCCAGGCGGAAAUACUGAAGAAGGUCCUCAGGGAUAACCAGGAGCACUUCCCGGUGGUCUUCAGCCAAGCCUCACAGUGCCUGGAGCUGGUCUGUGGUGUGGAGGUGAAGGAGGUGGACCCCAGGGAGCACAUCUACGUCAUGGUCCCCAACCUGGGCCUCACCUGUGAUGUGAUGCUGAGCGGUGGGCAGAGCAUGCCCAAGGCCGGCCUCCUGGUGCUGAUCCUCAGCCUGAUCAUGAGGAAUGGAGACCGCGCCCCUGAGGAGAAGGUCUGGGGAGCACUCAGCAGAUUGGGUGUGUGUGUUGGGAGUGUGCACUGUGUCUUUGGGGAGCCCAGGACACUUCUGACACACGUGUGGGUGCAGCAGGGGUACCUGGAGUACCGGCAGGUGCCUUACAGCUACCCUGCUCGCUAUGAGUUCCUGUGGGGUCCCCGGGCCUAUGCAGAGACCAGCAAGCGGGAGGUCAUGGCAUUUCUGCUCAGGGUCAAAGAAAGGGCUUCGAGGGCCUUCCCACCCCUGUCUGUAGAGGCUGCAAGGGAGGAGGAUGAGGCUGCCUGA